CGCCAACACAAGAGGGCUCCUCAUCGACUCAAUUAACGCGCUGAGGGGCGAAUCAGCCAUGAUGGCGAUGUUGCUUGCGGGCUUUCUCCUCCUCACCGCCGCACUGUCGACGGGCUCUUGCUUGUCGUACGACAGUCAGGACACCGACCCACUUCAUGUGCUGCCCACUGACCAACUGACAGAGGCGGAGGCGCAGGCACACAAUCACACACACACACACACAGAUGACACCCACAUCCAUCACUCUCUCUCUCUCUCUGUCUGUGUGCCUUCAGGCAGCCGUCCACAAGCUGCAGUUGGCGGAGCGGGGCGAGACACAACCAACAGAGCCGCCCAGCGCCGUGACACCACCACCCAAGCAGCCGCCCAGCCGCCAGGCCGCACCGUCCACAAUGGUCACAGAGACGAUGGAGGCAAAGGGCGUCUUCCCGUCAGACUUCGACGCACAGGUCACACACACACACACACACACACACACAGAGACAGACAGACAGACAGACGGGCGGAUGUGUGUGUGUCUCCCAUCGCACUGCGUGUGUGUGGUUCAGACGGAUCGAGAUUUGGUGGAGAAGGGCUUCCUGAUGUCACAGAGAAGAAGGAAGACGUUUGCCUCACCCGCCGCACACACCAAAGGCCAGCCAGCCAAGGAAUGAG